AUGGAGCAUACGGAGAAAAAAAAAUAUUCUUCCCUUUUCGAAAUAAAAGGUAUUUGUAUGAAUAGUGAAAAUUGUGAAAAAAUAUCCAAAAUAAGUUUAAAGGCAAUUAAAGAAAAUAAAUUUGAGAAAGACAUAGCAAGCCAGAUAAAAAUGAAGUGUGAUAAUGAUGAGCUACUAAAUAAAGACAAUUUAAAUGAUGAAAAUUAUUUAAAUAUAAAAGAAAAUUUGAAAAAUGAAAACAUUGGAUCAUGGCAAUGUAUUGUUGGGAAAAAUUUUGCAUUCUCCAUAAACUACCAAAUUGAUUGUAUGAUUUAUUUUCAACACAAAUCAACCAAAUUAACAAUUUUGAUAUAUAAAUCAAUAUAA